CCUUGGUCGUGUCCAGAAAAAAAAGAAAAAAGAAAAAGGAUGACUCAUUGGCGAUGCCCUGAUACUCACCAGAGGGCAGCAGACAGCAGCAAAUGCAUUUCCGCUGGCUCCUGGGCAGCUUCUGACGUCGCAGACCCAGUGACAUUCCGGCGCUCAGUCUAAGACUGCGUGGGGACAACGUCACGCCGCCUGGCCCAUGGUGGGAGAGACCGGGAGAGACUGGGGGAGGGGAGGGAAGCCCUCCUCAGCCUAAGCAUGUCUGCAGAGGCUUCGGAGAGAGAGCCGGCUCUGAGAACGCUGGUGAGGGAAGCUGAGAUCAGCCUGCUCGAGUGCAAAGUGUGCUUUGAAAAAUUCAGCCACGAGAAGGACCGGAGGCCCAGGAACUUGACCUGCGGCCAUGUGAUUUGCCUGGGCUGUGUAACGGCCCUGGUGCAACCCCGGACCCGCACCCUCGAGUGUCCCUUCUGCAGGAAAGCGGGCAAGAGCUCCGAGACCAGUGACUGCUUACCGCUGCUGCAGUUCCUCGAGCUCCUGGGCCCCGUGCUCCGCGCACCCCCAUCCUCAGAGGCGGGGGCAGCUAGGGCACCUGAGGAUCCGGCGGCCAAGUGGGUCCCCGGGGUUCUGAUAUGCAGCCACUCUUUUGGGGGGUGGGGGACCCUUAUCAACCCCACUGCGAUGGCCUUGUGUCCGAGGUCCGAGAGGGUGGUUAUAGUGCAUGACGGCAGGAAGCGAGUAAAGGUAUUUGACUCAGAUGGAAUAUGUGUCCAUCAGUUUGGAGAAAAGGGGGAGGCCGCCCAGGAAGUCCGGUAUCCGCUGGGUGUUACCGUUACCUGUGACGGCCAUGUGGUCAUCACCGAUGCUGGGGACCGCUCAGUGAAAGUAUUUGAUCUUUCAGGGCAGAAUAAGCUGGUCAUUGGAAAUCGCUUUUCUUUGCCCUGGGGUGUGCAGACCACCCCACAGAAAGAAAUUAUGGUGUCUGAUGCAGGGGCGGGGUCGCUUCACCUUUUGGUGGUUGACUUUCAGAAAGGGGAGCUUAGGAGGGCGGAAAGGCUCCUGGCUCAUCUCUGCAACCCCAGAGCCCUCGCUGUGUCUCCGAUCACUGGGGCCAUCGCGGUAACAGAACACCGGCUAGCUCAGGGGCCUUGCUCUGCCAGCACCAGAGUGAAGGUGUUUAGCGCCGGCUUGCAGCUCCUGGGCCAGGUGGACACUUUCGGCCUGAGCCUCUUCAUCCCCUCCAAAAUAGAAGCCACUGCUGUAACCUUUGACCACCAGGGAAAUGUCAUUGUUGCUGAUACAACUACCCAAGCUAUAGUGUGUUUAGGGAAACCUGAGGAGUUUCCAGUCUUGAAACCUAUCAUUACCCAAGGGCUUUCUUACCCUGUGGCAUUGACUUACACAGAAGAUAAUUCCCUUCUUGUUCUAGACAGUGGAGUCCAUGCUGUAAAAGUCUAUAAAGCUGGCUGCUCACUCUAAGCAGAUAAAUGUAUAUGUGCAUAUGUAUACCAUACUCUUAUUUAAAAAUCUAAUUUAUUUCAGUUGGAUUUCAUAAAGAAAAGACCUUAGGGAUUGUCCAGUGAUAGAAAGAGGAGCUUGUGAUCUCAUCAUAUCAAUGUUUUUUCUCUUGAUCAUUUUCAUCAAUUCUUCUCAAUAGCUGAGGCUAUUGAGUUUAAAUGACUUGCCCAGGGUUACACAGCUAGGAAGUGUUUAGUGAGAUCACAUUUGAACUUAGGUCCUUCUUACAUCAGGUCUGGUGCUCUAUCCAUUGCAUCACCUAGCUGCCCCAUUUUCAUCAAUUCUUGAUGAAAUUACUAUUUUCCUUGUUUCUUUGAGCAAGAAAAAACAAAAGGCUUAUUUCAAAAAGGAAGAAAUUUUUGCUUUACACGAUAUAGUUAACAAAUAGGUACUAAUUGGUUAGUUAGCUGAUGAAAAAGGUCUGAGCUGGGCUCCCAGGUUUUCAAAUAUUGUAGUACUGUAUGAGUAUUAGUAGCCCUAAACACCUGUAUUAUGGUAAGGUCAUUGCAGUGUACUAUAGUGUAUAACCUUAAUUCACUAUGUCAUUAUGUUUGAGACAAUUAGGUGGCUCAAUGAAGAGUGUUGAAGUUAGAAUCGGGAAGUCUUAAAUUUAAAUCCAGCUUUAGAUUUAACACUAGGCAAGUAACUUUGCCUCUGCCUGUCUUGGUUUUCUAAUCUGUAAAAUGGUAGCAGCACUUACUUCCUAGGGAUUGUAAUAAAAAUAAAAUUAAAUAUGCUGAAAGUCCUUUGCAAAUCUAUAAAUGCUAGUGGCUUUUAUCAUUAUUCUUAUUAUUAUAGAACUAUUCAUUAAAGGCAUAAAAUAGCAUAUUGAUCUAGGACUUUUGUUGUUCAGUCAGUUUUAAAUUGUGUCCAUCUCUUCUGUGAUCUCAUUUAGCAUUUCCUUGGCAAAGAUACUAAAGUGAUUUACCAUUUCUUUCUCCAGUUCAUUUUACAAAUGAGGAAAUUGAG